AUGGCUUCUGCUUCAGCAUCUAUUUUCAAAUCAUCAUCACUUGUUCUUGAUAAGUCUGAAUGGGUCAAGGGACAAACUCGCCUCCGUCAACCUUCUUCUAUGUCUGUUGCCAGAAGCAACCCUGCUAAUUCAUCAAGUUUUACCAUCAGAGCUGGUUCCUAUGCGGAUGAACUCGUCAAAACCGCGAAAACAAUUGCUUCACCAGGGCGUGGUAUUUUGGCCAUGGAUGAAUCCAAUGCUACAUGUGGAAAGCGGUUGGAUUCAAUUGGACUAGAGAACACCGAAGCUAACCGCCAAGCAUGGCGUACACUUCUGGUGACAGUUCCAACACUUGGAGAGUACAUCUCUGGUGCCAUUCUCUUUGAGGAGACUCUCUACCAAUCCACAGUUGACGGAAGGAAGAUCGUCGAUGUGCUUAUCGAGCAAAACAUUGUUCCCGGUAUUAAAGUUGACAAGGGUCUAGUUCCCUUAGCUGGUUCCAACAAUGAAUCAUGGUGCCAAGGUCUAGACGGUCUUGCCUCUCGUUCGGCCGCGUACUACCAACAAGGUGCCCGUUUCGCCAAAUGGCGUACUGUUGUGAGCAUCCCCAACGGUCCCUCUGCUCUGGCAGUCAAGGAAGCGGCCUGGGGUCUUGCUCGCUAUGCUGCAAUUAGUCAGGACAAUGGAUUGGUCCCAAUUGUGGAACCAGAGAUCUUGCUUGAUGGAGAACACGGUAUUGAUAGAACUUUUGAAGUAGCACAAAAGGUUUGGGCUGAAGUUUUCUACUACCUUGCUGAGAACAAUGUCCAAUUUGAGGGUAUUCUCCUCAAGCCUAGCAUGGUUACUCCAGGAGCCGAGUCUAAGGACAAAGCCUCUCCUACAAAAGUCGCCGAGUACACCCUCAAUCUCCUUCACAGGAGAAUUCCCCCUGCUGUCCCUGGUAUCAUGUUUUUGUCUGGUGGACAAUCUGAGGUUGAAGCAACCCUCAACUUGAAUGCCAUGAACAAAUCUCCAAACCCAUGGCACGUGUCAUUCUCAUACGCAAGAGCUCUCCAAAAUACCGCAUUGAAGACAUGGGGAGGCCGCGCAGAGAACGUGAAGGCGGCACAAGAGGCACUCCUUUUCCGCGCCAAGUCCAACUCACUUGCUCAACUUGGAAAGUACAUCGGUGAUGGUGAAUCUGAGGAAGCCAAGAAGGAAUUGUUUGUCAAAGGCUACUCUUAUUAA